CUCUCUACAAUCAAAAAUCAAUGGAUUCAAAACUAGGGUUUAUCAUUCUUCUUCUUCUUCUUCCAUUGACAAAUCCAGUAAAUGGAGAUACAAACAAGGAUUUAGCUGAAUGUGGUCAGUCGUUGAUUAGUCUCUCAACCUGUCUUCCAUUUGUCUCCGACAAAGCAAAAGUUCCUACGCCGGAUUGUUGUACCGGUCUUAAACAGUUAUUGAAAAAUGAUAAGAAAUGUUUGUGUGUGAUUGUUGAAGAUAGAAAUGAUCCUCAACUUGGACUUACUAUUAAUGUUACUUCUGCUCUUCAACUUCCAAUGCUUUGUAAAGCUCCGGCUAAUGUUUCUCAAUGCCCAGAACUUCUUGGUAUGGAUCCGAAAUCGGAUGAAGCUCAAGUGUUUUAUCAAUUGGGGAAGAAGAACUCAGGUGGGUCUGUUUCUUCUCCGGCACUUUCUCCAGCGGGACCUGCUACUGCUCCGGCUCCACUUGCUGGGAAUGCAACUACUAAGGGUAAAAAUGGAAAUGGUGUGGACGGAAAUGGUGGGAAAAUGAAUUCAGUUCUGUUUGGUGGAAUAUUUAGAUAUUAA